CCGGGUUUCGUCGCCACGCCAAGUUGCCAACUACCGUUCAUUCGUGCCCGUCCAAGUCCAACGAACUCAGUCCUCCUCCUCCCUCGCUCGCCUCUGCACUCCGACCUUCGAUUCCGGCGCGCAGUUCUCGAGCUCCCGCGCACCUGUCGAUCCGAGCCGUCCGGUGAAAUCGCCUCGCCGGCGCCGCCGCCAUGGGCUGCUCCUCUUCGCUUCCGGAUAGGGCUUCUGGAAGAUUGAGCGGGCUCAAUGCAGAGAACGGUUCAGUGAAUGAUGCAAAGAACCUGCGUGUUAAGCUUGUACUUCUAGGGGAUUCUGGUGUUGGGAAAAGUUGCAUCGUACUUCGCUUUGUCCGUGGUCAGUUUGAUCCAACAUCCAAGGUAACUAUUGGAGCAUCAUUCUUGUCACAGACCAUAGCUUUGCAAGAUUCUACAACAGUUAAGUUUGAAAUAUGGGACACUGCUGGUCAAGAGAGGUAUGCUGCCCUGGCCCCACUUUACUAUCGGGGUGCUGCGGUUGCAGUAGUGGUUUAUGAUAUAACAAGCCCAGAAUCGUUUCAAAAAGCUCAGUACUGGGUAAAGGAGCUUCAAAAACAUGGAAGCCCUGAUAUGGUUAUGGCUCUGGUCGGAAAUAAAGCCGACCUUCAGGAGACUCGAGAAGUGACAGUCCAAGAUGGCAUUGACUAUGCCGAGAAGAAUGGCAUGUUUUUCAUUGAGACAUCUGCUAAAACUGCAGAUAAUAUAAAUCAGCUGUUUGAGGAAAUUGCCAAGCGGCUUCCACGUCCGACCCCGUCAUGAUCGGGAAGCUCAUACUGCAUUUAAAGCCGCAUAUGAUGUUAUGGGAGUCUUCCGUGGCUGUGAUGUAAAAUAUCUAUCUCAAUGUAUAUCUCCUGUCCUGGAAUUCUUUUGUGGACAGUUACUUUAAUUUUUCCAUGAAAUCAUUCCACAUAAGUUGUAAGAUGAUCAAUCUCCAAUUGUACCAGAGAGAGCUUGUGAAUGUGACAUGGAAAGGAAACCCAGUGGAUAUGGACCGACGUGGCCGAAGAUUUCGCUUGGCAAA